UUCUACCCAACAGUUGGUUCUAAGCCAUCGACGGAGCCGGUCGCUCAAUGCGCUUUCGGUCUGGAAUGAAAUAGUUGAUCGGUGCGCAAUUUUCUACGCCCUUCGACCUCAAGUAAUUGUGCAGUUCAUGUGUGAAAAUAGCAAAUUUGCAAGAUUUACCCACUGAAAGUGAAGUGAUAUAAUAUCAUACUCCGUUCUUCGCAUCUACAUAAGUAUACAUAAGAAGCCGCUGUUCGAGAUGUCAUCGAAUCGCCUGAUUAUCUUUGGCCUGCUCUUCCUGGUCACUUUCGGCCACGUGACGUCACAGCGGACGUCACUGGAUGUGGCUCUGAAGAACGUCUACCGACCACUGCGACUCCUGGGCCUGGCCUUCACCGGUAGAUCUGGCGACGAUCCACAAAACGUGCAGCGCGUGCAAAUCGCAGGGAAAACGCAAAAGUCGAAUCCCCGCACCCGAGCCCUGCUGGAGUUCUGCGAUGCGGAGCACGGGCCGGGAAAACGCAGCCAGGAGCGGCCCACCAGUGUGCACCGCCUGCGACCUGGAGACAUCGAUGUGAUUGGGGCGAUGGGCGAUUCGCUGACCGCCGGGAACGGGAUCUUCGCCACGAAUCUGCUCCACGUGACCGUGGAGAACAGGGGCGUCGUGUGGUCCAUCGGGGGACAGUACGACUGGCGGAAGUACCUCACGCUGCCGAACAUCCUCAAGGAGUUCAACCCCAACCUCUACGGAUAUGCCAUUAAGGACGGCAUCUCCACGGACCGCUCUUCCCGCUUCGACGUGGCCGAACUGGCCGCCAUGUCGCGGGACAUGCCGUACAUGGCCAAAGUUCUGGUGCGGCGCAUGCAGCGGGAUCCCAAGGUGAACAUGACCACCGACUGGAAGCUGAUCACCCUCUUCAUCGGCAACAACGACUUCUGCACGGACAUCUGCUACUAUCCGGAGCCGGAGAAGACGGUCGACUGGCACGAGCGGAACAUGCUGAAGACCUACCGCUACCUGCGGGACCAUGUGCCUCGCCUAAUCCUCAACGUGGUGCCCGCACCCAACCUGCGCUUCCUCACCAACCUCUCCGGACUGCCGCCCAUCUGCUACAGUACGCUCCGCUUCGAGUGCCCCUGCCUGGUGGGCAAGGGCAAGGGGCAGCUCGACUAUCUGGAGGGCAUCAUGAAGCGCUGGAUAGCCAAGGACUAUGAGAUUGCCAAUAGGGACGAGUUCAACACAGAGACUUUUACGAUAAACGUGCAGCCGUUCUCGCAGUUCGAGGACUUUCCGCGCACGCGUUCCGGCCAGACGGACACUCGGUUCUUCUCGGAGGACUGCUUCCAUCUCAGCCAGCGAGGACAUGCCGCGGCGGCCAACUCCAUAUGGAACAACAUGCUGGAGCUGCCCGGCGAGAAGAGUGGGUUCGCCACCCAGCUCUUUGAAACCUUCCGCUGUCCCAGUGAGCAGCGUCCUUUCAUCGUCACCCGGGAGAACAGUCGUCCGGAGUUUGUGAUCUGAGACAAAGUCGGGUCUGUUCUCCUCUGUGAAUUACCCCCUGUGAUAUCGCGCCUAAGUCUUUCCAAGUUUGCUAUUUGUUUAUUUGUAGUUUUAAUUAGCCACAUGCUAAGUGUAAAGAUUCGAUGAGAAUCAGAAAGUCAAAUAAAAUGAGAUUCUUGAAUUA